AUGGGCAUCUCCCCAGAGCUUGGACUGCUUUCCCUCCUGCCGCGCGAACUGCGGGAUCGAGUCUACACCUUCGUGUUAGACUUUAAAAUACCCGUUGUCGAUGGAAGACCCGUAAUCGAUCGUUCCGAGAAAGCAAUAAAAGAGGCAUCUCUCCCAAGAGCCUCUCUCCUGCGUGCCUCUCGCCGUAUCCAUGACGAGGCCAGAAUCAUCCUAUACCGGGUCAACGAAUUCUUGCUCUUCCUCGGCUUCGACUACAACAACCCUGCCAACCACAGCAUCAUGUCGCGGCCCGGCUUUAGGGUCAUGUUUGCGCGCCACGAUCCCACGAAAAUGGGCACAAACCAAAGUUACUAUGAAGUGUGCAAAGUACAACGUUGCUAUGAGCUACCAAGGAAUAUGGUCAAGUAUAUGCAGAGAGUUACUCUCAACAUGGGUUGUUCUCUUGGGGGGAUUGCAGAAGACGACAUUGUGCCUUUUAAAAAGCAGACUCUUUUGGGACCCCAGCGGCCUACAUUUCGAACGUUGCUGAUGGCGCUGGAGGAUGUAUGCACGUUGUUAAGAGGAUGCACCAAUCUCCGUUUCUUAAAGAUUUGUAUCAGGAGUGUUGAGUCGACGCCUGGGUCGAUGCAACAACUUAUCGAACCGCUUAAAGCGAUGAGGGGCAUUCAGGAGUCAUCCCUGUCAGCUUGCGGAUUUCUAGACGACAGGUGGGUAGAUUGGAGUAUGAAGCCUAGUUAUUGCCGCUACCUGCAGCGGGUUAUGGCCUUGCCCGAAGGCACGGAAGCGCCGAAAUACGUGGGCGACGAAGAAGAACCGGUUCGGCAUGAGAACGACAUCUUCGACAUGAAUGCUAUGCCGCCGGAUCUGUACGAUUACGAUUGGGAUCCGCCGGAUCUGUACGAUCUGGACACGUUUGAUUCACGUGAUGAUGCGGCUGCCGAGCGACAGAUUAUGCGGGAUGAAUAUGGGGUUGAUGAAUGGUCUUGA